GACCAGGCAGUGUGGCAGUGGUGAAGCUGGCGGCGGGUCGCGAGUGAGCAAGCGAGUGGGUGGAUUAGUGACAAGCCCCUCAGACCUUCAUUCUAUCCGCGCGGUGCUGUGACUGCUGUCCUCCCUAACCUACCCUCCUGUCUCUCCUGCCGCGGGACUGCAGGAUUGGAUCGCGAAGGUUAGUCAAAUAUGCAACGAGAUAAGAGAACAAGGAAAAACAGCAGUGACUCGAGAUAACCAAUUUGUGAAGAGAGUUAAUCAGUUCGUGCACACAUUACCGAUAAUAUUAGAAAUCCUUACUGUACACACGGAGACGUAGACAAAUAUAGUAAUAGUCGCAGUAAUACUCCCCGGUCCCCACCUUGUGUUGUGAUAGUGUUGUGCGGCGCUGGGAUCGGUGACCUGGGAAUACAAAAGUGCUCAUCGACGGUUUCCAGCAUCUACGGACACAGGAUCCCACGAUUACGAAAAAAAAAAAAAGAGGCAAAACCUGUUACGGCUGCCGGAUAGAAUUGCAAGUGUGUGGUGGUGCUGGUGGCGUCGGCGGUGAAAUAAGGUGGUCCUGGUGCCCUACACAAGAUUGCAACAUCCAGGGUUGGGAAGGAAGGGAUUGGCAGACACCUCACUCUGCUUCAGCACCGUCUUGGGCCAAGGGAAGUUUGGCACUCUUCUCCUCAAGGUGAAGAUUCUUACAACAGCUUGUGGAACACCACCAUUGUGAAAAAGUUUCCAAGGAUGGUGACCAUGCAGAGCUGGCACGCCGUCAACUUGGCACUGGUAGUGGCGGCGACGUGGACUAUCACGGCUGUGACGGCUGGUGCCAUCCCCACCAACCUCCUUGAGUUGACCAGAAAUGCCAGUACCGACGAUCCGCUGACGGUACAAAGCAAGAGCAAGUAUUGCGACUGGGACAGAGCGAUGGGUCCCGUCUGCGUCUACAAUACCACCACACAGGUGGUGGUGGUGCCAGAGGGGCUGUCUUUCACCUCGGGCCAACUGGAACUAGAGAUCCACAAUGCCAGCGUGGUGAACCUCUAUCCAACCUGUGUGUCCUGGAUCCAGAUUUAUCACACCGGGAUGAUCCACACGUUUCCCUCGGAGAGACUCUUCGAAUGCCGUACUUGGCUCCGCAUCUACAAUUCCAAGGUGAGCCGAGUGGAGCACGGCGUGAAGGACCUCACCCUGCAGGACUCUGAGGUGGAUUCUAUCAAACUUAAAAAUCAGAGGGACUUCAUGGCCAUCAACUCCACCAUUAAUGAGAUCGAACAACUUAGCUGGAAAGGCUACCGGUCCACCGUGCUCAACACCACCAUCAAGCGGCUGGCGGGUGUGGAGGCGCGGGACAGCUGGUACGUGGUCGGGGGACACUUCGGUGCAGUGGCGAGUGGCGGCAUUGUGUUCGACGCUAAGGAGAUGUCCGUCAUUAACAGCACCAUCCACCACAUGUCCUCCAAGGCUCUCACCAUCAAGAGCGGAACGGUAUCCUUCGCUAACGUCACCAUAUCCUACUUGGAAGCCAUGGCCGUCACUCUGGCAAGUCCUUCCGGGUACCUUUCUCUCACCAACGUCACCAUCAGAGCCGCCAACGCCCCUUGCUUCGUCAUUCUCGACAGGAUAAGGUUGAAACUGGAAAAUGUGACGUUUUUCGGUAUCCCCACUAAUGAGACCUCUUCCUUCUUUCAAUUCCUCGAUGAUGAUUUAGGAGGCGAGAAGAACGCAUCCAAGUCGACGAUUAAGGAUCUGAGCGGGAAGUGUUCGCAUAAUGAAACUACUGUGUCCUGCGAUCAUGCCGAUUCGAGCGAGAACGUGGUGAUUGAGGUUGUUGGCGAGGACAUACAGAAUUUCACACACGUACAUAUCAGCAACGUUAGCUCGCUACUGGUCAACUCCACGGGAUGCCAGACAGAUCUGCGGCUCGAGAACGUUCACGCUACCAUGCCGCACCUCACUGCCCUGCCUGGGGAGAACGAGGAGGCUUGCAACGUCACCGUCUCCGCCAAGAACUCGUCCCUCAACGUGGUGUGGGUCAAGAAUAUCAAUAACUUCAACGCGGUAUCGUCCACUGUCAAGCGAAUCCACGGGGGCAGUCUGGACAGCUUCACCCUUACCAAGUCAUCAGUGCAGGAGAUUGACGAGGUGGAGGUGACGGGGAGUGGCGCGGUCUGGUCCAAUUCCGUUUUCCUGGUCAGCAUUUCCAUCACUCUGAAGGCACCGCUCAUUUCCUCCGUCAUUAACUUUACUAAUGUUGUGCACCACAUGGGAGAGAACUCCUUAGUAUUUGACCACCCCGGGAAGACCUCUAAGCUGGAGUCCUGGACGGUGGGCUGGAUGGAGCGGCGCAGCAUUGUGGUGAAGAACGGCAGCCACCUCGAUCUCAGCAACAUUGUGGCUGUAAGUGUGGCAGAGGAGGCGAUCUACCUGGAGGAGGGAGCCACAGCCUCGAGUACGAACACUAGAAUACAGCAGAGCUCCAUGUAUGUCUUCUCCGUCGUGUCCAGAGACCAGGUGGAGUUACCUGGCGACUUACUGUCUGGUCUGUCCAGCUCUUUGAUCUACGUUCGACCCCCGCCUGUCUCCGUUGACAUGCAGAGCCCCUUCACCGUCAGCGACUCUCACAUCUCCACCCACUGCCGCACCAUUCCCUACUACCUGCAGAUAUGUGACUUCUCCUCCGCUCCCGGGGAGGUUACGGUGGAUUUUGCCAACAGUCAAGUGAGCAACAGAGUAAUCAUCAAGGGAGCCUCCUCAGUGAUGCUCUUCCCCUCCUGCGUGGAAAAGGUGAUCUUGAUGAACGUAAAGACGGCAACCACGGCAAGGAACGAGCGUGAAUGCGGCACGUGGCUGGAGGCUCUUGGAGUGAACCUUACCAAUGUGACCUCGGGUGUGCACGACGUGACCCUCAAGGCUUGCACAGUGGAGUUGCUGGCUCCGGACCGGAAGCUUCGAGACGUGGACCUGGAGGAGACGACAGUGGAGCGUUUGGUGGGCGUGCACUGGGCGGGCUACACUGGGGUCUUCAACAGCUCGAAACUCGGGGAGGUGAGGAAUCUUCGCGCAGACAGUCGCCUCAUGAUGUCAAACUCGAAGGUGGAGACACUGGUGGAGGGCGGCAUGUUCCUGGGGGCGGAGGCGAUCAUCGUGAACACAACCUUCAAGGAGAUCCACUCAGGGGGCAUGACAGUGAACGGGUCCACGCGCAUGCAAGACGUCACCAUCGAGAAGCUGCAGAAGGGCGGCAUCAAGGUGCUGGACGGCCUGCUGCUCCUGGUCAACGUCAAUAUCCUGGAGACUGAGGAGGAAAGCAUCACGGCGGAGACCAACGGCGGCAUCUCCUUCCAGAACGUGACUGUCGGAGGCAAGAAGGUGCACUGGCGGGGUUACCUCACCCAGAGUAACUAUUCCAAGCAGUCCGUCGUGUUCCUUAACAAACACUUCAAUGAGAUGAAUAACACCUCGGGCACCACCACCACCAUCUCCACCACCACGGAGCACGGCCAGUCUUCUCCUAAGGCGUCGUCGAUGAUCCAAUGGCGAACGACGAGCGGGGAGGUGAAGAGCUCCGCGGUCCCCGAAGUCAAGGCAUCCCCAGCCAUCGAGUCCUCCUGGAAGUGGGCGGGGGCAGGCAUCGGCUUCUGCAUGGGGCUGCUGGUGGGCUGCUGCAUCUUCAUUGUCGUCAAGGUUGUCAAGCCCAACAAGGGAAUGCUGACUAUGCCCACCGUAUUCUGGCGAGUGAAAGAGGAUCAACAUGAACUUCUACAGGAAGACCAGGGCGUGGAGGAGCCAGCAGGGGCGCGGCGAGACCAAGGCUACAGUGUUUUGUCUCGUUCAGAAAUACAAUAAUAAUUCAUUUUAAUGAUUCCAUAUACUCAUCCUCUUUUCCUGUUUCUUCUUUUGCUUCUCUCUCUCUCUCUCUCUCUCUCUCCAGGAUGAGGGAAGAGGUUAUUAAUUUUGAUUUCUGGCAGAUUAGUCCUUUUUUCCUGUUUUUUUUUUUUUUUUUUAAUGCUUUCCCUCGUCCUCCUGUGUUGUUUCUUCUUCAGUGGCUCAUCUUUCCAAUGCCUGAUUCCAUAGUUGUUCUGUUUUCAUUGAUCUAAUUCAGUAACUCCCUUAUUUGUUUUACUUCCCUGUGUUCAUUCAAUCCUCCUCCUUUUUAUCAUCUUCCUGUCAUGUUUCCUCUAACCCCUCAAUUUCCUCUCACCGUAUUCUUAUUUGUUCAUUUUUCUUCUUUCUCAUAAACACAUCCCUCCUCUAUUAUACGUUCCGUGUAAAGCUCAUCACUGAUUUAUUUUGUAUUCCUCUCUCUCUCUCUCUCUCUCUGGUACCCUCCCGCUUUCCUCUUUGUGUUACCCUACUUCCAGCUCCUCGUCUUCCUUUUGCUCUCAUCUUUAAUAAUUUUCUCUGUUCGCCCUCUCUGGCUUUUCUGUUCCUCUCUCCUCACGUUCCCUUUCACUUUACGUUCUUCCUUUUGUUCCACCACCUCGUCUUCCCUACCCAAUUAAGCUUCUACCGCUCCUGUUCUAAAGCCUACCUCACGUCUUCCCACCACGUCCUGUGUGGCGCAUUCGCUUCCUCCCUCACCCCAUGCCUUGCCUACCCUACCCUACUAGUCUUCUCUCUUACCCUCCCAUCCAUCUCACCCUUGUACCCCGACUCCCUUUCAUCCGUGACUGCGUAGUUAGUAGACGCCUGCCCUGUGACAGCGCCUCAAGAGAGAGAGAGAGAAGAGUCUUUUACUGGUAGGUACAAGGUAAAUGAGACAAAAUCGCGCAUACAAGCAAUUUUUUUCUGCGAAUAUUACAUAAAAAGGAAAGAAACAAGACCGUUAUGAAGCAGAAAUUACCGUUCACAGACAAAGAAAUGAUAGCCCAGUCAUUGUAUCUUCCUUUCUUUUCUUUUCUUUUUCUCUUUUUGAUGCAGAAAUAAAGUUAGUCUGUGUUCCGCUUUGUGGCUCUCCGUAUCCCGUGAGCUUUGUGCCUGUACUGUUCGACGGCCGGGUUAAUGAUUCGCUGCUUCUAAUCUCUCUCUCUCUUGGUAUAUACGUAAUGUGAACAUUGGAACGUUGAUUGAAGAGAUGAUUGUAAUAAAUAUUUCACGUUUUUAAUAUUUCUAAUAUAUACAAUAUAGUAUUUUUGUUUUGUGUCGAUAUUGUAUAUACGUAAGACAAAAUAUAUUGUUAGACUAGCGAA